AUGAGUUGUCCUAUAAGACAAGCGAUUGAGGAGGACUUAAGGAAGAGGGCAGAGGGUGCCUCCAUCAACACGGAGGGACGGGGCACGCACAGCCCUCGAUCUUUGAGCAGCCCUUCGAUGGCCAAAACCAGCCCUAAACUUCAGCUCCGAGCUGGCCAUGAUAAAGAUGGCCCGGAUGGUUGCGUCACCACAAGGUCACUGACCUCGUCCAAGUCUUCCAGUUCCGGGGAGAUCCGAGUCAUGAGGAAAAUCUCCCCCGCCCACCCCAACCCCAUCCUCAACCUGACCCGGAAGGUCUCGCCCCCGCAUCCCAACCACGUCAAGUUCUACACGGUCAGCGAGGACACGCCCAGCCGAUCGUCCGAUGACGUCACUUCCGAGUCCAGCACCCACGGGUCACUGGAGGGCUCGCCCAGGAAGAGGAAGAUCAGCAGCAUGUCGACGUCAUCACUGGGGUCGGAGGGCGAGAGUGAGCAGAGCGGGGAGAGGAAGGUGGAUAUUACAAGCCUCAUCGAGGGGGUGGGGACACUUAUUAUCCCAGCGAACUACUACAUAAGGAGGGCCAUUCAGAACCUGAUCAACAUGAGGAACCCUCGGGUCUUGGAGAAUUUACGGAACGAGUCGAGUGAGCUGUUCUCUGACGAGCUUCUUCAACGUUCCCAGAGCGACUCGAACCUGCGCCACGAAGCGAUCAGCGACGAGACUCUGGUUGCUAUGGCAACAGAAGCGGCCGGCAAACUCAGUAUGGAGCUACAGGAAGUGCUGAGGAUUCUGGGCCGGGAAUAUUUUAAACUCUGUCUGGGCGACUACGGCAAGGCUCUCAAGAUAUUGGGGAGCAACUUGUUGGAGUUCUUCAGUAACAUAGACGGUCUACAGGACCAGGUUAAGUCUUACCCCAGGUUUCAGGGCCAGCCACCGCCCUCCUUCCGGUGCGACUGGCAGAAGGGUCAGCUCAGCCUCCACUACUACUCCCUGCGUCACGCCAUCCUCAGCUUCGUGGCCGGCACCGUCGAGUCCGUGUCCCUCUUCCUCUUCCAGACCGAGGUCCAGCUCCAGAUCUCGGCCAACCGCGACCGCGGCGCCCCCCACCACAUCUUCUACAUCACCACCGCCAACGACAACAACGAAAACAGCAUGGACAACAUCUUCCCUCACCACAGCCAGCUCUCAACGAAUCCGUCCGACUCCAAGAUAGGGGUGCACACCUUCUGCGCAUCGUUUCCUUUCCACGUCAUCUUUGACGCGGACCUCCAGAUAACCCAGCUGGGCGUGUCCUUGGCCAAGAUGAUUUCACCGGAAGUGACGUCGAAGGGCAAGGAUUUGUCCACGUACUUCGACAUCGUCAAGCCCCCGGUCAAGUUCAGUUUCUCUUCCAUCUUGUCCAGGGUCAAUUCGAGUUUUGUUGUUCGGACCAAGGGAUUGACCAAGGACAAACACCGUCUUUCUGAUAGCCUGGAGUUGAAAGGUCAAAUGUUGUUUCUCCAAGAGACGGACUCCAUCUUGUUCCUGGGGUCACCGAGUGUGGAGAAGCUGGACGAGCUGAUUGGCAAGGGCAUCUACAUCUCCGACAUCCCCAUCCAUGAUGCCACCAGGGACGUCAUUCUCGUGGGGGAGCAGACGAAGGCCCAG